AGCAUUAUCACUGUUGAAAUAUCUGUCCCGCUGCCGUGUCUGUUUCCUGAGAAAACUGAGGAAAAUUAUAUUUUAAAAUUUCUCUCCAUAGUUCUCUUUGAAUAUGAUGCAGAUGAGUUUGGUUACAAAUCACUACAGUAGUUAUGGUUCUCGUUUUUCAACAAUUUCAAAUUACAAGCCUCAACAAAGCUGCAGGACUCAAGCAGGCAGACGUAUGGUGCCCAUUGUUAAACAUCAGCAAAACAGCUGCUUUCACAUUAGUACAUUUAUCAGUAGCUUGGCAGUGACAAAUUUGGCUGCAAUUGAUAGUGCGAAGGCUUUAACCACCCAGAAAGUCAUGGAAGGAGCUGCUUCUGUUUAUGAGAUGGCCGAUGGAAGCCUCGGAGAUCUGUUUGGUGGCUUCCUAUAUUCUGCUGGACAGCAGGCUAAUGAAGCUGUUCAGGACCAAUUAUCAGCUCUCAGUUUCACUAGUUUGGCAGUUAUAUUUGGAGCUGGGCUUGUGACCAGCCUUUCUCCUUGUACACUUAGUGUGUUACCACUUACCCUUGGUUAUAUUGGUGCGUUUGGAUCUGGCAAAAGCAGAGCACAAAUCAUCGGGGAUUCCAUUGCAUUUGCAUUAGGAUUGGCAACUACACUUGCACUCCUAGGUGUAGCAGCCUCCUUUGCUGGGAAGGCGUACGGGCAAAUUGGGAAGGGACUACCAUUGGCUGCUUCUGGUUUGGCUGUUGUUAUGGGUCUGAAUCUUCUUGAGAUAAUUGAAUUACAACUCCCCUCAUUUUUUGACAACUUUGAUCCCCGUGCUGCUGCUGCGAACUUCCCAUCAAGUGUGCAAGCAUAUUUAGCUGGCUUGACCUUUGCAUUAGCUGCUUCACCUUGCAGUACACCUGUGCUGGCCACACUUCUGGCAUAUGUGGCUACAUCCAAGGACCCAGUGAUCGGGGGAAGCUUACUAUUGACGUACACAACUGGCUAUGUUGCACCUCUGCUUCUUGCUGCAUCUUUUGCUGGAGCAUUGCAGAGCCUGCUUUCAUUCCGCAAAUUCUCCUCAUGGAUCAAUCCAGUGAGUGGUGCACUUCUCUUGGGAGGAGGUGUCUACACUUUCUUGGAUAGGCUUUUCCCUCCCACGAUGGCAAUGUAGAGAUAAGUCUCUUGCUUUAUUGAGUGAUUGUACAGAAAAAUGUUAAAUUAAGAAAUAUAAUAUCACAAUUUUUAGCAUUUUCACCAGCACCAUAAUUAUGUUGCCCACUAGUGGAAUUGAUUUAUUUUAUCAGAUAUCAGCUCAAAGGAUCUUUCUCUUAGACUCGGUGAGCCCAAAUGUAGGGAUGGAUUCCAGCCAAAUUGGUUUGACUUGAAAUUAACUUAUUUAUCAUUUCAGAAUACUUGUUUAUCUUGUUGAUGUUACUGUUUACCCUAGAACCAAAAUUAUUCAUCUCAUUGAUGACUUUUCUUUGA